GCCAGCGCUGGAGCCGUGUCGCGUGCGCCUCUCUGUGUGUGCUCUUCUCGUGCCCGCCGAACCACGCUCUCCUUCUCUUUCCUUUCUCUCUCGCUCUCUCUUCCUCUCUUCCUCUAUUUUUCUCUCUGUCUCUCUCUCUCUCUCUCUCUCUGUCUCUGUCUCUCUCGGUAUCCUUGGCUCCUUUGGCUGGCAUCACCGCGUGUCCGUCGCCGAAAAUACGCUCGCGAUCGUGGUCGCGUUUCGCAUUCUGGCUUUACGCGCGCCAUACCGCGACCACCGCGCGCUUCUUGGUGGAAUCGAUUUUCGUUGCGCCAACGGGGUCCGUGGGGCGUACAGCAUCAGUGCGACGACGACGACGACGACAGUCGCCGACCAACCGACGACAAACGGGUUGUGUGUUGGGUUUUCGGGGCCCUCCAGAAAGGACCACAGGAAGAGAAACAAAAGAAACGCGUGCUGGCGAAACGCCCACCGAACGGAAGGACAGACCAACGCGCGGACACGAACGUGCACUUCCUCCUUGCAGCGCAGUGAAGUGGUGCCGCCAGUCUCGUGGUAGUUACAGUUUCGAGUUGAGUUCCACUCGUUACAGUUGCUCCGGCUCCGGCUCCGGCACGGCCUCGUUCUCACUCGCUCACUCUGGCACGACGAACUUUUGACUCGAUUUAACGCCGGCUCGAUUGUGGUUCUGUGUACGUGUGCGUUGUGUUGGUAGGCGGACAGUAGCCAAGGCGAGGCAGCAUCAGGACCCACCUGAUGGCACAGUCAGACACUUGGCUCGGUUGUGUAUCGGUCGUCGGUUGGUCGGUGUAGUGCUCCGUGAUAUAACCUCCCCCCCUGCCUGGAGGACAUCGCCACAACGCAGUGUAUUGUGUAUUUGUGGUCCGGUGCACACACAUGUGAAGCCCCACUUACUCUGCAAGUGUACAUUAGUAUCAGCAACAAGCACGAGAACAGCACGAGGAUAAGCGCUACACCCAGUGUGACGGUGGCAAUAUUCUAAAAACACCCCGAUCCCAAUGGGGGCUCCACUUUACCACCGCGCUAACAACACGCACACCGAUGUCACGACAAUUGCGGUCUAGUUGCGGUGGACCAUCUCUCGUUGAAGAGGUUGGCCAUUGAGUUGAACCAUUAAAGCAAGUGUUUUGUGGCUGGUGAACUACGGUUUGUGGUUCAGAACGCGCAACAAAACACAUUUCUAAGGACAUUUCCACGCGAUGCUGGGUAAGGACUACCAAAUCAAGAGAGCAGUCACCAAGUCGAACAUUGUCAGGUGAGGUCGGUGCUCAGAUAGCAGAUCAGAUCAGAUCAUGGUACGGUAAUUCCACGCCGGCUGGUAAUCCUCCUCCACCGAUUGACUUUCCGCUGAGUCGAGCAGCAUUAUUCGGUAGCCAGAAAGACCAGAAAUACGUUCAUGUAAUCCAACCACGGUACCGGGGCGGCACCGAGCGUGGGUAAAUCGCAUAACACUCAACCCACGUGGAACGGACGUGCGUUUCCCAUUUCCAUGCGAAGCUGUCAAGCGCAGGCACCACGGAGGUUGACUUUUGCACUUUUCUUUCCCGUCGCACGGGGGUUGUGCUGUGAUGAAGUACAGCCCGCUAACCUUCAACAGCGUAUGCUAAUCCCCCCGAGCCGAGCCGUGACCAUCCUGACCUGCCCUGACCGGGUGUGUCCACCGGGCGUUUGUGGCGGCGACAAUAAAUCGCAAACGCAGACGGCACCGCAGUGAGGUCAAAGGCACAGUGACAGCACGCUGCCAACAGAUUGCUGGUACCGGUGUGUCCAUUUCCUUCUUUGGCUUUGGAUCGCUCUUUUUUGGGGCGAAAGGGAGAAUGUUGCUGAGACUUGAAGGCAUCACCAGUGUGACCACCACCGAACGUGCCGGAAGGACAACGACGGUCGCGGUGGACCGGCGGACAGCCGACGGUAGCACGUCCGAGGUGAAACCAAUUCCGUCGAGAUUAGGAACGCGUAAUGAAGAGAUCAAUCGGAACGCUGUGACCAGUGUUGCCGGUCAAUCGAACAGUACCGGAGGAAUGUCGUCAGCUCUGGGCAGCAUGCAGGUAACGGUUACCAUGUUACCGAGUACUACCAUCACCACGACCGCCACUACGACCACGAGUACCGCGAGCACCAUCGCUAGCAGUCGAUCGACCACCGAACAACCGGCCAGAAAGGUAGACAUUCUGAUCUACCCAACAGUUUCACCGGAAACGAUCGUCGUGCCAAUACUGUCCUGCAUCAUCGGUUUCCCCAUCUUUGCCCUGCUCGUCAUCUGCUGUCUGCGCCGGCGAGCGAAAAUCGCUCGCGAACGUGACCGUCGGCGGAACUUCGACCUGAAAGCAAACACCAUUACGCUGGUCCGCUUUAACUCGCACCACAUCAACAGCCAGCGUUCGAUUCUGCUUCAGUCUGGCGACAGCUUGAGUCGAGGAUAUCCCUCCCUGGACCUGGACACGGUGUACGAGGAGCGCAGCGACACGCAUGGUAGUGCACAGCUCGACUCGCCGGCAGCCCAUAUGUUGCCCCUGUCCGACUCGGCGCCGGAUUCGGACAACGAGCAUUGCUAGCAGGACGAAAGUCCGAUCCGGCUCCGUCGCAAGGAGCUGGUCGGAGUGCUAGACUCACCGAGACCGGUAUCGAUCAGUAGCACGAUGAGUAUCGGUGGGGCAGCGGCCAUGGCACUACCACCACCGCUCGGUAGCUACGGUAAGGAUCGGGAUGAUACGGUGCUGGAUCUGGUGCGUGGCAAACGGAAACGGUUCCGCAACACCAAACACAAACGGUUGGCCGUAUCACACAGCGAAACCAAUCUGAGUGGCCUGGAGCGUGGCAGAGGGAAGGCCGAUCUGCUGCCGGCUAUAGCCGAUAGUGACCACGCCAGCCUGGACAUAGCGGUAGAGGAACCGAAACGAUCCGCCAAGGUAAGUAGCCGUAGCAGUAGCUCGGUAAAGGCCGGUGGAGGUGGCCGGCGUAAGGCACUGCAACGGCAACGGGAGGUCAGCGAUGGUAUCCGGGCACCGCUCUGGACCACGCUGACCCACGCGCAGACAAUAAGCGAUUAUGAGAUCUAAGUUUUCCGCCUAGCCUCCGCCAAACUUUUAAACGGUUUCCAGUUUUACGUGUUUCGACUGAUAGCUAGAGCGUCUUUUUGGAAAGAGGAGGUCAGUUAGACCAUGCAGGGGAGUGUAAGAGAGCGAGCGGAAGGAUAGGAACAGUUCCCUUUUUAAGGAACGUAGUCGUUAGCACUGACCGUGGCAAGAUGCGUCGGUCGGAUAGAAAGCGGAAAUGAAACGGGAUGCAGAAGAAACGCAAUAAAUUGAGGAACAGUAACGGGUAAUUACGGAAUGCUGUAGGCUUAAGGCAAGUCUGUGUAUGUGUGCAUGUGCAUUUAAACGGAAAACUUUACCAUGCUAAUGGCAAACAUAUGGACAAAAAAAAAAACUUUAAGAAAAGCAAAACAACAAACGUGGUAACAUUCGUAACAUAACUCUUAAGUAACACUCCCCUCUGCUGUUAACAAAAUUGUACAAUUAUACAUAUUUACAUAUUAAAGGAUAUACAUAUAUACAAAACUUGUUGUACUUGAAGAAAAAGCAAAAGCUAAAUAACAAAAUUAACGGUUUCCUUGUACGUUUGGCGCGGCGUGGCGUCACUUACUGUUGACGAGCCAGCCAACCAAUUAAGCUAAAUUAGAUAUUCUUAAAGAAAUGCUGAUAAAUUAUUGAAAGUUUAUGUAAUUCACGUAACCCUCUCUAGUCCGGUAGCUUAGGUGCUGGGCGAGUUAAAUUUGAAAAAAAAAGAUAAAGCUAAAUCGUUAGACUAAUACAAAAGCGAAGUGAAUGGAGGAAGCACCACCACGAGCCGCCAGAGGUCUGGUUUCAGAGUCACAAACACGCAUGUUUGCAUACUCGCAACUGUACCACCUUGUAGCACCUUGUAGGUAAGGAGAGUGACCGGAAGUGAAACAUUUGUGGUGUCGUCGAUGUUUAAACAGAAUGAAAUAUACAACCGAUUGAAUGUUAUGUCUAGUAACA